CGACGCGGGGGGCUUGCCCUCUAAAUAAACUUUGGAGCUCAUAGGUGGAGAGAAAGAGACAGAGAGACAGAGGCUGAAGUCAUCAGCCGGCCGGCAGGAGGGGAGUGAAUGGGUCCUGCACGCAAAGCAGAAAAGAGCUGAAACUGCGGAGAUUUACUUUGGUUCAGCUGCCUGCCGCCGACAGCGAGUGAAACGAAGUGUGUGUUUGAAAGCUAAACGAACUUCGAAACCUGCAACUUUUUUUGCUUUUUUUGUGUGUGCGUGUGCGAUUCCUGGUGUUGAGUCUGUUGUGCUUUUUACUUUUCUGUGCCUCAGCUGAUGCUGAAAUGAAACCGAGACCCUCAGCGCGCCUGGCACAUUAGGCUAUCCACAGACACCGGGGCGCACAGCGCAUCUCCACUGAGAGAGACGGGGCGAGAGGGACAGGGGGAGACUUUGGAGUUGUACACAUGGAUGUUAUAUCUCAAACUUUUUGAGAGUUAUGUUAACCAUAAAUAAUAAUUGCAUCCAUCUUUUCGACCUACACUAAUGAUUGUUUUUGCUGGCCUCCUGCGCGCACCGGAUGAGAAUCGAGCUAUUUGGCGUGUUUGUUUGUUUUUGGUUUUUUUAUUGUUUUUGGAGGGAAUGUUCUUCAUCACAGCACGGAUAACGGAACCCUGACUCAGUCUGGCUUUCUUGGUUUAUAUGAAGAUCAUCUCCAGGAUGUUACAGUCUAAGCGGCCCAGGCAUCAUUGGGCCACUGUACGCUACCAUCACCACAUGUCACCACAUAGCUGGGGGUCCUGCUGUGUCUAGGAAUUAUCUACCCUCCGCACUCCGUCACGGGGAAGAAAACGGAAUCUUAUCCAAUAAGUGAUUUGAUGAACAUUGACAUUGGCUUUACGAGUCUCAUCUCUGGGCUACUAUGCAAUUACAACUGAUCUCCUUUGUUUUGAUCAUCUUGCACUGCAUGGAUUACACUGGUUGUCAGCAGCACAGCAGCUCCAGGCACCGGCAACAUAAACAGAUCUCUGGUGUGAGCUCAGGGUGCCAGCAGGGUGGCUGUCUGACCUGCUCUGACUACAAUGGCUGCCUGUCCUGCAAGCCACGCUUCUUCAUGCAUUUGGAGAGGAUUGGGAUGAAGCAGAUCGGGGUGUGCAUGACUUCCUGUCCUCUGGGCUUUUACGGCACACGCUCCCCAGAAAGAAACACCUGUACAAAGUGCAGGUCCGAGUGCGACUCCUGCUUCAACAAAAACUUCUGCACACGCUGCCGAGCAGGCUUCUACCUUCACCUGGGCAAAUGCCAGGAAAACUGCCCUGAGGGGCUGGUUCGCAGCGACACACAGAGAGAGUGUGUCCUCAAGUGCCCUGAAGAGUGUGAGGCGUGUGUGAGCAGUGAAAGAUGUACGCGGUGCCGGCCAGGCCUGUACCAGCUCAAUGGGAGGUGCCACCAUGUCUGUCCAGAGGACUACGAGCCUAAUGACAAACUCAUGGAGUGCACGGCACAAGUGCACUGCCAAGUGGGCGAGUGGAGCGAGUGGAGCCCCUGUUCUCGGUCUGGUAGAACCUGUGGGUUCAAGCGGGGCCAGGAGACCCGCACACGGCAGGUACUUCAGUACCCAUCGCCCUUUGGCAGCCCCUGCCCCGAGAUCUCAGAGAUCAAAGAGUGCCUGGUGAAGAGGAGGAAAUGUACAGGUGGGUGGAGGAAGAAUGAGCGAAGAGAACGGAGGAAUCGCAACAACCGGAAAGAUAAGGAGAACCAAGAGGGGCGACGGGAGAGGAAGAGAGAGAGGGAGCGAGAACGGGAGAGAGACGCGGGUGAACGUGAAGACUCUGAUAACAGGAACAAAACGGAGCACAGGCAUCGCAGAGGCCAGGACACAGAGCCAGUCUCACCUGGAGAUGGCCUUGUACAGUAGUGCUCUGGACAGACGACAUCUAGAGCCUCCCCAUCCUCCACCUGUUAUCCUCCCAUCCUUCCAUCCCCGAAACUUCACCUACUGCUCAUCCCCCUUGACCCCUGUCUGCAGGGGUGUUGCUGCUACCUGUAUGAUUUGAAUAUAAUGUUUAUGCACAAGCAGGAUGGGGCACAUUCAGCCACAAGGCUUGGGCCACUAUGGACUUAAAAAAGUCAGUUUUUUUUCUAUCCUGUAGCCUCUACUCCUUCACUUCCACCUCUGAGUGUGUCUCGAUUGAAAAGUGCAGGGGACAGUGCUGAGACUGCUGUUGGGACUGAAAACAAAGUGAGAAAAUGUCUGUGACUGCAUGGAGGACUGGCAGACAGAAGGACAGAGGGGCAAAGAUGUUAUACUAUGUGCUUGUUGAAAUGGUUAUUUAAUGGGGCCCUGAUACUACAUUGCGCGUCUUGGUUUUUGAAUGUAGAUUUUGCAACAUUAUGUAGAACAAUUGUUUAUUAUUGUUGUUCCUGUUCUUCAGAUCUCUUUAUUUUAUUUGGUGCAGAAUUUGUAAAGAAACAAAAUAAAAAAGUGAGUUUGCUAUUGCCAUCUUGUGACAUCUUCAUAAUCACUGCAAAUGACAGAUGUAGGAGAACCUGCGUGCUGUGACUCAAAGGAGGUAAAAAACUGAAAACCAUUUAACGUGUUCUGUACCUCUUGCUCGAAAGCUAGUUUUAUCCAAAUGUGAUAAAUCGGAUCUACUAUUGGUUUUUCUUUUUGUGUAAAUGAAAUCUGUGCUCUCAGUAAAGCUCCUUGACUAGGAACCAAAAGCACCUGUAAGUCAAAUAAAACUAUAAUGGGUUUGUA